AUGCGAUCGCAUUAUAGGAACAACACAGAGACGUCUAAACCCAAUAAACAUGUUGACAUCUCAGAACUUACGUCGCGUGAAAAAAGAAAAGCCAGAGAUUCCAUACUCAAAGGAGGGUACGAAAAACUUAUAAAACAACUAUUAAGUAAGGUACCAUUAAGCAGUCUCUCCAAACGAACGGAAACCAGGCGCUUGGGCCCUGUCAAAGAUUUGCGCAUACGUCCGGAACCUGCUGUUAGAACUGGCACUGCCGAUCUGGAAGAAGAUGUUGAGGAUGAUACAGAAGAAAUUGACGUCGAAGAGCCCACACAUAUAAACAAAAUUCGUGCUUCGAAUUUUGUCCUUCACAGGGGUGAUGUUCACCUAAUUCUAACGUCGCAGCACGUAUCGCAGGCCAGAUCUAGAGGGCAUUACAAAGUAAAAAUGCGGAAUUUGAUAAACAAUAAGGAAAUAUCGCAUUCGUUCGCAGAUGGGACGAAAUUGAGCGUCGUAACACCAAAUAAGGUGUCCUGUAUUUACAAGGGAGUAGACGAACGAUCCGGAGAACACCAGUUCCAAAGUGAAAAUUUGGAAAUACGAGUCGCAAAGAGUUCAUCACUAGAGAAAUUGAAGUACCUUAAGCCAGAGUUAAAGGUUACACUAUCUAGAUGGAGGGGACAAAUUAUCGGUUUAUUAGUGCCUCAUCAAAUACAGUACAAGGUAACAGAUGUGAACCCAGGAAAUUAUGCAGCAACGCUGGAGAAUGGGAUGGUAGUGCUCGUGCCAUCGUACAUUAAGCCGGGAGAUAGCAUUGAUAUAAACACUGCCAAAGGCGAAUUUCUUAGACGGUCGAUUAUAGGUUGA